AUUCAGAGAAGGAGUUCCACGAUGCGGCGAAGCGUAAUGACACGGCCAGGAUGGAGGAGCUCAUCAGGAGAGGGGUCGACAUCAAAGCCAAAAAUAGUACAGACCGGACUGCCCUGCACUGGGCCGCGGGAGCGGGGAACGUGGAUGCUGUGCGGCUGCUCCUGGACCACGAUAUCCCAGUGGAUGACGAAGACAGUUUUGGAAUGAAUGCACUUCUCCUGUCUGCCUGGUUUGGCCACCUUCGCGUCCUGCAGAUCCUCGUUAAUGCUGGGGCCAAGAUAAACUGUGUCAAUAGGAAUGGCAGGAACCUGCUCCACUGCGCAGCUCAGAGGGGACACAUCCGGGUGAUGGAGUUCAUCAUGGAGGACCUGGAGGACAUGUGUGUGGAUAAGGCAGACAAUAUGGACAGGACGGCGUUUCACCUGGCUGCAGAGUAUGGGCGGCUGGAGGUGGUGGAGUUCCUGAUCCAACUGGGUUGUUCUCACAGUGCCAAAGACAAGGAAGAAAAUAUGGCAUUGCAUUUAGCUGCUAAAAACGGACACCUCUCUGUGCUGCAGAAGAUUAUAGAUGUUGGAGUGGACCUUGAUGAAAAGAACUUAGAGGGACUUGCGGCUCUGCACCUGGCUGCUGAGGGGGGUCACAGUGACUGUGUGAAGCUGCUCUUGGAAGCAGGUGCCGAUGUCAAUGCCCAAACCCAGAAGAAGAUGAAUUGCCUUCAUUACGCAGCACUGCACGGCUAUGAGGAGAUAGCCAGGAUCCUCGUGGAUGCAGGAAUCCACACAGACGCCGUUAAUCACCAAAAUGCGUCAGCAACACACAUUGCGGUGCUGCAGAACUUCCCAGCCAUGGUGAAGCUCUUCAUCGAUGCGGAGUGUGACCUUGACAUUCCCGAUAAUAGGCAGCAGACCUCACUCCACAUCGCUGCGGAGCACGGCAGGCAGGACAUUGCCGAGAUGAUUCUCAUUGCAGGAGUUAAUCUGAAGCUAACAGACAAGCAAGGGAAAACAUCUCUGGAUGUCGCGGCCCGAGGCAAUCACAUCAACUUGGCAGACAUGAUUAUCAAAGCCGAUCGGUUUUACAAAUGGGAAAAGGACAAUCUGAACAGCGACUCCGACUCCUGGGUGGCAAAGCACUUGAGCUUUAAGCAAGACCACAGGCUGGAAACGCAGCACAUUCGCUCGGUGACGUGGAGAUUGGCUACGAAGUACCUCAAACCCGGCGAAUGGAAGCAGCUGGCACAUUACUGGAAAUUCACCGAUGCCCACAUCAGGGCCAUUGAGCAGCAAUGGACAGGCACUAAAAGCUACAGGGAGCACGGCCACAGAAUGUUGCUCAUCUGGCUCCAUGGCGUGAUCACGGCCGGAGAAAAUCCAAUCAAGGGAUUGUACGAAGGCCUCGUGGGGANNNUGCAGCGGGACGUUCUCUCUUUCACAGAAAGUAUUCGGAAAAAAGCCAACGCGGUCUCAGCCUCUCCUCGGAAGUGCACGGCCAUGUAA